AUAAGACAACAGUGAUCUAAAUGUGCCAGCUUUAAUUUCCUUGUCACCAAACAAACUCUACUACUAAAAAGUGAAACACCCCCUUCGUCUUCUUCUUCUUCUUCUACUCUCUCACUUCUGUUCUGUUGUGUUCUGUUUGCAAUAGAGAGAGGUAUGGGAUCCGAGGCAGAAGCCGAGGCAAGUUUCACACCAAAGCUUCCACUGUUCUUAAUCCCACCGAUGCAGUCGCCGGAGCCAUCGGGGAUGCGAACACCACCACUCCAAACCUAUGCUUCAGUUCCAUUCCGGUGGGAGGAAGAGCCAGGCAAGCCCAGACCCUGCACCACCCUCAUGACCCUCUGCAACGAACCCAAGUGCUUGGACCUGCCUCCCAGGCUGUUAAUCACGGAGUCCAAAAUUACCAAAACGCCCUCGCCCACCACUGUCUUGGAUGGUCCUUAUGUGGGUAGUAGUAGUAGGUCUGUGUUUCAGUCUUCUUCAUUCAGAUUCAUAAAGGAGCGUGAAGGGUCCUUUCGUCGCGGUGGUGGUGCUAGUGGUAGGAUGACGAGUCCUCAUAAAGGGCAUCUGGGUACAAUGAUUCUUACCAAGAGAGGGCAUAACAAUGAUAGAGGCUUCUUUGGUUCUUGGGGGCAGAGGACCCUUAAACGUAAGGGUAGUAAAAAGGAAGGUGGUGGGGAUAGUUUUGUCUUUUCAUCCUCCAUAGACAUGGGUGAGGAGAGUGUUAGUAAUAAUGACAGAGUGAAGAUGACAAGUAUUAGAAGGAAUGGAAGCUUUUCUAGCCUAUCUAAGGCCAGGUCUCAUCUCUGGACGGCGAUAUACAAGGGCUUCAAACAAGCGAUUCCAUGGAAUAGAAAAUCGAAGAAGGAAGCGCUCAUCAUUUGAUUUCUGUCUUCAAAUGAAACAAGCAUCCCCCAAUCACCCGCCAGUUUGAGUUUGCUACGUGCUGUUGUAGAAUUUACAGUCCUGUCUAUUAAGAUUUUUCAUUCAAUUUAUGUAGACGUACGUAAAUGUAACAUAUAAACGUCAAGUAACAUUUUGCUUCUGCUCUUCAUGCAUGCUGCAACCUUUUCAUUCCCUCUCUGUUCUGCCUGUAAGCUAAAAUGUUUAGUGUUCAAAAUUUGCAUGUAUAAAAUGGGAGCUAUUUCUUUUUUCA